UUCGCCUUCUUCUCUUUCUUGGUAAUGUUAUAUUCUUGCCAUCGACACAAAGGCAAAAAAAAACUAUAGACUAAAUCCUACUAUACAACUUUGUUCCCUUAAGAUUAGUUAAGAGAGCUUCGUACACUUUUGAGGAAUUAUUUCACAGAUUUUGAAUAGACACAUUUUUAAAAUCCAUUGACUUUCAAUUAACUGAACUCUUUCUCUGUUAUAUGCAACACAAUUUAACAGAGCACAUGUUCGACUGUUUCAGAUAGACCGCAUUUAUCGCAGCAAUCAGAUUCAAGGUUACCUAUGUUAAACAAUGAUUUACUGAGAGAAGAGUAAGUUUGGACACCCCUGAAUUAGAGAGAAAACUUUUAUAUUGGAAAUCCCUGUUUCAGACCAAAGACUUUUAAACUGGAAGCGAUACUUUUGUUUUGGAAGUCGUGACUGGUGAUGACUUCCGGUAGCGGGUGUAUCUUUCAGUCGGAGCUAUACACGGAUACAAAGUGUUCAUCUACUCUGGCUGAACUUGGAGUCUGAAGGCUUGGUUUAUUUUCCUGCCAGGGUUUUGGUUAUUUUGUUUUUAGAGAAGAGAGAUCAGCUUUAUCUGUUCACACACACCCUGAGAGAGAGAGAGAGAGAGAGAGAGACAGAGAAACAGAGAGAGAGAGAGAUUUUACACAGAGAUGGGCUUCAGAAAGAAGAACAAAAGUCCUCCGGUUCUGAGCCACGAGUUUGUGAUCCAGAAUCACGCCGACAUGGUUUCCUGUGUGGCCAUGAUCAUCCUGCUGGGGCUCAUGUUCGAGGUUACAGCGAAAUUCGCCAUCAUGUUCAUCACCGUACAGUACAACGUCACUCAGACAUCAGCUACAGAGGACAAGCCGGAGCCGGUGAACUUUUAUCAGUACGGCCCCAAAGACAUCGCCACCGUCUUCUUCUACCUGCUCAUCGCCAUCAUCCUUCACGCUCUCAUCCAGGAGUACGUGCUGGACAAAAUAAAUCGGCGUCUGCACUUGUCCAAAACGAAGCACAGCAAGUUUAACGAAUCGGGACAGCUGGCGGUGUUUUACUUCUCCUCCUUCGUGUGGGGCUGCAGCAUCCUGACGGCGGAGGAGUUUGUGACCAAUCCGACAUUCCUGUGGGAAGGUUAUCCUCACACACGCAUGGCUUUUCAGGUGAAGUUCUUCUACAUCUGUCAGAUGGCGUACUGGUUCCACGCCCUGCCUGAGCUUUACUUCCAGAAAGUCCGAAAGGAAGAUAUUCCUCGCCAGCUUUACUACAUUUGCCUUUACAUCUUCCACAUCACCGGUGCCUACGUUCUCAAUCUGCACCGUUUAGGUUUGGUUCUUCUGGUUCCACACUACCUGGUGGAGCUGCUGUUCCAUGCGUCUCGUCUCUUCUACUUCAGCAAUGAGAACAAGCAGAAAGGGUUCACGCUGUGGGCUCUGCUCUUCGUCGUCGCUCGUCUCCUGACCCUCACUCUCUCAGUCCUGACGUUUGGUUUCGGACUCUCCCGUACAGAUAAUCAGGGCUUUUCUCUGGCUGAGGGAAACUUCAACGUUCUCACUGUUAGGAUGACGUGUCUGUCAGCCAUUUGCUUGACCCAGGCCUGGAUGAUGUGGAAGUUCAUCAACUUCCAGCUGAAGAAGUGGAGGGAGCAGAGUCAGGUCCAGAGCAGCAAGAAGAAGUCCGUCAGUCCCAAGAGCAAACCCGGCAAGAAGGACUCGUCUCGGGGAGGUUCCGUCAACGGCGUGAUGAAAGCAGAGGACAAAACGUCACCACGAGCCAGAAAAUCCAAAACCUCGUAGAGCGGCGGAGAUCGUCGUCGAUGUGCUUUUUUUCUUCUCUUUCUUGACUCCAGCUGUAGAAAGAAAAAGUUCUGAAAGAAGCAUCGAAUCACACAGACACCUUCUAACUGUCCGGUGUGGUGGGCUCUGAGGGAUGGGUGAAGGGAGUGUUUAGGGAGUUUGUGUUUAGGGUUUUUUUUUUUUUUUUGAUCGCAAUUCCUUAUAAUUCUGUACGAUUUAACGGUGGACUUGAUCAGUCCUGGUGUUUGAGAAGGGAGGCUUUUUGGGAGGGAGGAAAAAAAGCUUGGUACUGAAGAAGAGAUGAAGGAAAAGUUCCAGUUUGUAUUCAGAGUGACGAUUUGAAUGUUGUUGUUCCCCAAGGGUGUAUGUUAAUACCGCUAUUUUUUCCUUUUUUUUUUUUUUUUUUUUUUAUCCUUCAGGGCUUGAUGAGCUUCUUUUAAAAAUUGGUAUCCUUUCUCAUUCUCAUCCUCAGCAUCAGUCACUGUGUCUCUGUAUGCAGAGGCUUUAAAAAAAGUGUCCUUUUUGCCUGUUUGUUUCUGAGAGUUAGCCCUUAGCCACAGAGGCUUUGUUGGAAAACGAUUACGCGCAAAAUGAGAGCUUUCAUCGUUUUUUCUGUUUCCUCACAACCUCAGCUGUAUAAUUACAGAUCGCUUUAUUUAAAGAAGUUUUAAAUUUAAAUUUUCAUUUUAAAUCAUGACUCUGGCUGAUGUAAGAGCUCCCCCUAGUGGCGUGGUCUCACUUUUUCCCAUCUGAACCCCCCCUUUUUUUUUUUCAAAUAUCGCUUUUUUUAAUGCUGUUUGCAAGCGUCACAGUUUUUAAAUUUAUAAAUUAAUUUGUUUUAUAAUUUGAACUAUUAUUUUCAUCUCAAGUUCACAUGAUGCAGAGUGUAAACAAGGCAUUCUUGGCCUUUCGUAGCACUUUUCCACCGCACAGUGGAGUAUGGUAACAAACCCAUGAUCUCACACAUUUAUCGUUAUUUUCAUUGCAGAGCACCAAGAGAAUCGAACAGAGAUGUGUGGGCGGGGCUAGAAAAAGUGCUGAUCACUGAUUGGUCAAACGCAAUAGUGACAGAAUUGUCCUGAUAAUGUUUGGCUCAGUGAUCAUCAGUAGUGUUUAAUAAAUCUUAUUUAUUCUGCGUUUAGAUAUCGUAAAACUGACAAAAUAAAGUUUCCAAUUGAUUUUCCUAUAGUGAUGUUUUCUGGCUGCCGUUAUGUAGCUCAAUUUUGCAUUUUUUUAUUUUUAUGUAAAAAUCUGAUGAGCGUAAAAUUCUCCAUCUUAUCAUUAAACCAAAUUCAAAAUGGCUUCCUGUUCACUGUGUGCGCUCACUACAUAGGGUACAACACAAUGGUGUUGUAGGGCUCUAUGUAUCCAAUAUCACUCUGUUUGAGAAAGUACAGGAAAACAUGCAAUUCCGUAUAUUUAACUCGUACGUCGUAUGAAAUUUGGCACUCAGCGAGCCGUGUAUUAAAGUAUUGGCACCCCGGCUGUGUGAAAAUCACUGGCCAUAGACAUUUUAAGUACCUUUUAUCCAUUUACAGUUACAUUUAACAUUGUUGGGUGUCCACAGAAUAAACUGGUUAGUUUUUUCCUCUCUCGUGAAGUUACCGUGUGGUGGAAACGUGCUCAAGUGCAGCAGAGUGGAUUUGAUUUAAUACGUAAUUAUCGUUUACUUUCUCUCCUCUCCAUCUUGAGUGUGUUUUUAUUUUAUUAUUUUUUUGUCUGUCUUCAUCCCAGCGUGCGCAGCUCCAUUUAUGAAAGUGUUCUCCUCCGUUUCUAGUGAAACGAUACAAUCUUCUCUCAAGUGUCCUUAAGAUAAUACGCUGUGGGUGGCUUUGGAUUUUCAUUUUCAUUCACGAUGAACGGAUGUCUGGGUGUUUUCUUUCUGGAGCGAUGGUCCUGGCGUGCGUGUGUGUGUGUGUGUGUGUGUGUGUGUGUGUGUGUGUGUGUGUGUGUGUGUGUGUGUGUGUGUGUGUGUGUGUGUGUGUGUGUGGCUGAGUGGCUGAGUGGUCACUUGUGCAUGUUUAUGGGUUGUGAACGCAUGAAUCAUGUUGCACCUUGAUUUGUUUGAUUUAAAGAAAAAAAAGAAAUGCGAUAGGGCAUGUAUGUGGUUAAGCUUCUGGUUUUGACUUUUUGUACCAAAUGGUGUGUGUGUGUGUGUGUGUGUGUGCGCGUGCGUGUGUGUGAGCAAGAGGUGGGAGCCUUGGUGAAGCUAUUCUCACUAUGUGAAUUUUUUUGAGUGUGUAUAAUCUCUCUCUCUCUCUCUCUCUCUCUCUCUCUCUCUCUCUCUCUCUCUCUCUUCCGUCCGAUACUGUACGUUUCUGAAUUGCCAAAUCGUGUAAAAGCGAGCUCUUGCUCUUUCCCAGUGAUUUUGACGUCGCCAUCUCGUCUUUUUUCACCUCGGACCUCAUUCAGGACGCAUUUCUGCAUUUUUUUUUUUUUUUCUUCUCCCCCAAUUAUAACUUAAUUCUGAGUGACCUGCAGAGAAAAAAAUAAUAAUUGACUAAUGAUUUUAAAGAAAUAAUUGUUAAAUUGUUAAAAAGUUAAUAAAAUUACAAAUUGACAAACUAAAAGCUUUACGUAAUAUAACUGUGGGAUUUUUAGGACAAAUUGCUACGUGCAUGAAACUUGUAAUACUUUUUAAAAAAUGUAAUAUGACAGCACAGUAGGAAAAAACAAAGAAAAAACAGUUUUCUCUAUUUUCUGCUUUUAAAAAAAAAUGCACAAUUUAAGGAAUAUUUGUUGGUGACACCAAAAGUAUUGGCACCCUUAACUGCUUAAAAUUUCACUCGACACAUUAUUAUUAAUUUUUGUUUUCUUAAAUGGUGCAUUUUUUUUCUCUCCAAUAUAAUUACUGAACAGUCUCUUGUAGUUGUAAUGUUUAUUAUUUAAAAAUGUAUUUUAUAUUUAGUAAAUUUGCUUAAAAGUUUAAGACAUUUAAAUCCUGAUCUUUGACUCAUAAUUUUUUCUUUUUAAUUAAAUACUGAAUUAUAGGCCCUCAGCACUGAAGAAGGUCUCUGAACUUUUUUUAGUCACUUGUUAAAUCAACGUUAUCAUGUGACGUGUUUUAUUCGGGUUUUUUUUCCUCUCUGCAGUUAAUGUCGUAUCCACACCAGCGUCAGAGAAACACCACUGAUUGCCAUUUCUGCCUUCAUGUGGCGGCGUCUCAGGAGGGAAGGAGCAAAGUCGCACUUUUGUUUGUUUGUUUGUUUGUUUGUUUGUUUUUCCCGUCGACCUCGUCGCUGUCUGACGGCCGACGCGAGCAGAUAUUGUGUAGAUGAAUAUAUUGAGACACUGUACCGAGUUCUUGUUAGAUUUUUAAACUAUUUUUAUAGAGCUGAAAAAUGACUGUAGAGAGAUUAACCUUUAUUUAGCACACCUUAUUUUUUUAUGCCUCGUUGAUUUCUGAGUUUUAUUUUUGUACUGCGCAGGAGGAGAGCUUUCUACCUUAAAGGUGCGGGUCCAAAACCUGGCGAGAAAAAGGUGCAGAGAUGGAGGGGAAAAAAAAAAAAAAAGUUGAACAUCAUCUGCCGAGUGGGUAGAAGAGCUCGGGCUUUAAAUGAAGAGUGGAUUUAUUUUCAGUGUAUUAUCAGUGUUUGUAUUUUUGACGCUUUUUCUUCUGCUUAAUUCUUCUGAUUCAUUUCCACAGCGUUUUUCCUGAUUAUGCAAGAGGUGCUAAACGCCGUGUUUCGGUUGUGAAUCGUCGUGUUUUUAAACUCUUUGCCUGUAAUCGUCGAUCUUGUGAAUUAUUUCAGUGUGCGGUGAGUUUGUGUUUAUGCAGCAGAACAAAAACGUCUGGGUUUUCGGAUUUUUUUUUUUUCUGUCCAUUUGAGUACCAUAUUUUCUGGACUAUAAGACUCCUCCAUAAAAUUUCUGUCGGCUUUGGGGGGAAAAAAAUCAACAUGGCACGUGGGAUAAAUAUUAAAUAUUAAAGUGUGUCAUUUCUCACCAUAAUCCAUGCAACUGCUGCAACAUUUAUCUGAUAAUAUUGUUUUGUUGUUUUUUUAUUUGUUUUUUUCAAAAAGUGUCCAAUAGUCUGGAAAAUAUGGUAUGAAAAGCAAAAAAAGAAACAUCCUCUGAAAAGAUUUUGAUGAACCUGUUGCACCAAAGCUUGUUUUUUUUUCUUCUUAAAAACACACGUCACAAGCAGACGAACCUUAAAUUAUUGUUUUUUGCAUAAAGUCUCUGUUCUCUUUAUUUUAGUUUAGUUUAUUUUUCAGAUGCUUUUCUGUAUGUUGCAUUGCUUUUAUAUAAAAAAUGUUAUUGAUCUAUGUAUUUAUGCAAAUCUUCUGUGACUCUGUUUACUUGUUUGUUGGUUUAUUUUUCUGAUUAAACCUUUGGCUUAACCCAA